ACAAGCAGAAUCAUUAGAUAUUACUGAAGUACUUCAAACCGAAAUACAAGUUCUUAUUGAUCAUAUUGAUAUUGCGUAUGCUGAGAAAUUAUCAGCUAUGGAAUAUAUUGACAUUGAUCAAUUUGAAUCUACGCAGGAUUUGACAAUAUCAGAUAAUCAAAUUAUAGAAUUG